ACACCAACAACUCCCACAUCCUCAUUUAGAUAUAGAAAUCACACCAACUGUUGCUCAUCUCCCGCAUCCCUCUCGGUACCAUGAACGUUAUUAAAUCUGCACUCUUAGCUUUCGUGUUUGGUGUCAGUAAUGUCAUGUCUAAGAACUUCAAGCCCUGUGGCGGAAACACCCCCGUGAAUGCUUGUGCCCAAGACCCAGCCAGAUCGCCCGCUCCACUAAUUUACAUCCCACCCAGCGAUCCAAAUUGUGCUCUGACUCCCAGUGAGAUACCCUGGUGCUGUCCUCAGGGGGCUAUAAGUUCAAAACAUCCUUCAACACUCGCCUACGCACAAGCUCAUGGUUGCAUCAAACGCCAGCCAGCUUCUCAGUAGUCUACCUGAUUCUUUAAAACAACGGAACCACCAAUAGACGUAGAUUGAAUACAAGUUCUUGAUCGGUUUGCUUCUGACUUGUAUCAGCCCCCUCUUCGGAAAAUCUUUGUCGCGUAUCCCAUUUUGUUUUCGAAAUCUCGUUAAAUCUCCCCACAAGAUCUUGCUGGAUUUUUCCAAAGAGUUCUUUGAACGGCAAACGAGGAUUCCGAGGCCCAUAAUUGUUAGACUGCAUGGAUAACAUCUCGAUAUCUUCCCUUCUAGCUUAUUGGUGGUGGAGCCGGUGAUAAUGUUGAGGAGUCGUUGAUUUUGGAUUGGUUUAUCAGAGAGGUGAGA